GAAAAACAUAUAAGUGCCCGGAUCGUCAGCUCUUCUAGUGUCGUCUCCUCGGUGCUGGUAGCUGACCUAUAGAGCCAAAGAUACCCCAAUGACCAUGCAUCUGCCCUUCAUCCUAUCUCUCAUCGCCGUCGGCGUCGCGGCCAUACCUCAGCCCACGACGACGACGACGACGACGACGACUACAUCGACUACAUCGACCGACACACACUGCCCCACGGUCACGAAGACGGGCAAGAUUUGCCCCACAUGCCCCGUCCCGGACUGCAUUGUGCUCUCGACCAUCUCCAACCCGUGCGACUGCGCCUUCCCCGUGCCGACCGUCACCGUCGACCGGCCGUGCGCCAGUUGCGGUAGCGGCGGCGGGUGCGGCGGCGGGUGCGGGACGCAGUACGUCUACGCCACCUCGACGUCGACAUGUCCCGGUGGGCCGUCGCCGCCCGCCACGACCUGCCAGGCUACGGUGACGGUGCACUCGUACCCGACGUCUGGGUGCGCCCACACUUGCACCUCCGGGUUCUGCAUUCUUGAUAAGUUUGUGACUGCGCCCUGUGGCUGCAGCUCCUUCGGCGUCUCGACUUCGACGUCGACGUUGCCGUGCCCUACAGCUUCGGGCUGCGUCCUGUGCACUACGGGGUUCCCGUUCACGACGACUUCGGAUUGCCCGACUGUCCCGACCACGGUUUGAAAGGACCAUGGGUUGUUUUCUUCUAUCUCGACUUGUUUCGGGUGCGUCAUAUACGUUGGUUAUGGCACAUUGGCAACCUGUCUCGGUACUAUUUAGCGUCGGCGUCGAUGACUAGCGUGGGCCUGGGCGAUGAAUAUAUCAUUGAAAUACACCACACCCUCCAGACCCCUCCGAGCCGGAAGGAGUUAGUCAAUGCUGCU